AUUAUUUCGUCUGUCCGUGAUCCUUAUUAAAUGUUAUCAAAACUACGGUCCCAUUUCAGCCGUUAUGGUACCAGGGAUGGUGUGAAAUCCUCACCGAAAAACUGAUCGUUACUUAAAUUCUUCUUAUCAAAGUCUGGUUUCCAAGCACCGGAACGAAAACGUACGUCAGAUGUUGUGGCAGACAAUCGCCAGAAAAUGGCAAGCGUGGACGUUCUUCUGUUUAUUUCCUGUUUAUUUCAGCUCAUUAUCUCAAACAAGGCUAAACGAGCACAGCCUAGAGUUACACUGGAUAUUCCAUCAGACUUUCAUGAACGAAUGAAGGUGUACUAUGAUUUUGUGGAGAUAAUUGCCGCGCCUUCCCAUGCAGAAGCAGAGUUUGACAUUGUUCUCCUUUACAGGACCAAAGAAGCAAGGCUUUUGUCUGUAGAAAUCAUAUCAAUCGGAAUAGAGGGCGAAGAGCGUAAUGAGUUCAAAUACACGCUUAUGGUACUGCAUCGUUCAGAAAAAAAGCAAAAAUUACGAGUGCGGGUUACACUCCGAGAUUCAUUGAUGUAUUUUGAAAACAGAGCUCUGAAUAUAUUUCCAGAUCUUUACGUUGAGCAGAUUCAUGUAACAAUAACUUUGCUUGAUCUUCUACCUGGUGGGUUAGAUUCAAAGCCCGUGUUAGCUGGGGAUUUUCUAGUUUUGCCUCUAACCUCUCCGUGGAGAAGACCUCAAAAACCAGGCUUCAGUUUUUCAUGGCCUUGGGAACAUUUGAUGAGACACAAGCAGUGGAAGAUUGAGAAAUGUAUGCAUCUUAAAGAUAUUGUUGACUUGUUAACUUUUCCCGUUGCACUAACUGGCAAAGAGACAGGAGUUAAAAGAAUUCUUCCACCACUUGCAUGGCCCAGGGAAGAACUGGCUGAGGCACACAGCAGGACAAAACCAAGAUUUACCAUUUCAACAUGGAUUUUCAUAUUUGAGCCAUGUCUUGAUGGUCUUUGUGGAAUUUUAAAUCACAGAAGUACAUCUCUCUUGACUCCAUUAUUGAGUAUAACAUCAAGUGGUAAGUGACUUAUAUGUAGGAUGAUUUUACUGUUUGUGUUAAGAAGGAAACUUUUGAUUGGCAAAUAAAUUCUCCUUAUCAUCACCUUAGGAAAUGUAUGAAGAGCAGUGUGGAGAAUAUGCAUACUGAUGACAGGGUGUAAAGGGUCAAUAAUGUAAUGCAACAUGUUGUUGCCUAGGUUUCCUUAUGGGUCAUUUAAUUACAAAGACACUGAAGGAUUUUGGGUGCUUGGUGGCACUGAGGGAUCCCAAACCUUCCAAGGAAUCAUUGGACACACACGUAUAUAUAGGCGUCACCUCCUAUUUCCAAACCAGGUCUUCUCUCCCCCUAAGGAUCAUAUCAUGUUCCGCAUGGCCCUUACAGAUCACUCAGUUGCAUGUGGUGAAAGGAUUGUCAACUUACAUGAAUCUGUAUUAGAGGACAUUGAGAAAGAAUCAGUAGAAAAUGAAAACUGUGCAGCCAAACAUAGAUCCCUGAUGGAUCUUAUGCCAAUCUCAAACAGAAACAUCCAAAGCAAAGUUCCUUUAUCAGGGGAGACCCCAGAGGUGGAUGCCAUUAUUCGUGAAGCCAUGAGACACCAUCACAAUGACUUGAUAUCUAUGGCAGAAUUCCUAUAUCAGCUGGCAAAUGAAAAACUGGUUGAUGAUGUAACAAAAGCAAAUGAGGCAUUGGCCAUUUUCAGAGUGUCUAGCUGUAUGGGACACAUCAAGUCACAGUACAUGAUGGGAAUAAUGAAUUUGGUUGGGCUAGGUGUACCUCAACAUGAAAUCGAGGGAUGGAAGUAUUUGAUGCUUGGAGCGGCUAAAGACCACGCCCUUAGUCAAAUGGCUUUAGCUUACAGACACUUUAUAGGAGCCGAUGGAUUACACCGAGACUGUGAUAUAGCUAUAGGAUACUACAAGGCAGCAGCUAUGACCACAGAUAAACUCUUGCAGGAACAUCAGGAAAUAAAUACCCACUCGGAAGCAGUCCGCCUGGAUGAUUAUGACGAAUUAGCCAAUCACAAAGGCAAUGAAUCUGACAUGUUCCAGUGGCUUACCCAUCAGGCUUUGCAUGGUUUGACAGAUGCUCAGAACGUGCUUGCGGAGAUGUAUUAUUAUGGUAAACGUGGUUUGCAGAGAGAUUUGAACCGAGCAGUGAAGUAUUAUCAGAUGGGAGCCGAUAAAGGAGACCCAGAGGGACUUUAUAACUUGGGUGUGUCCCUAUUAAGGGGCCAUGGUGUGGAACAGAACGAAACUGAAGCCAUCAAGCUGUUUCAAAUGUCUGCAGAACAGGACUUUCCACCUGCUUUAAACGCCUUGGGUUUUUACGAGGUGAACACGCGUCAGAACUACAGCGGAGCAGCGGAUUACUUUAGAAGAGCAGCUGCAAAGGGAGACAGAGAUGGGCUAACCAACUUAGCUGUGUCAUAUGACAACGGCUGGGUGGAAGGACAUCCUCCUGAUAAGAAAGAGGCAUUCAAGUAUUGGUUUGAGGCCGCUACUAAGGGUCACCCAGGGUCGUGUCUUACCGUGGGGGAAGGGGUCAGUAGUGGCCUGUAUGUUGAACGGAACUGUCCAAUGGGAGUUGUUUAUCUUCGAUUUGUAGCCGAACAGAAUCCUGAGCUUGGACGGUUAAUGAGGCGGGGCUUAGAAGCAUAUUACCAGGGGAACAUGUACCAGUCGCUCGUUUACUUUAUUUUAGCCGCCGAGGUUGGAAUGGAAGUACCUCUCUACAAUGCUGCAAUGUUAUGUGAAGAAAAUCAGGAUGAGCUGAACGGUGCGACCGCGGUGGACUGCACAUGGCAUUACUAUAACCGAUCAGCGGCUAUGGGCUGGGUGUUUGCUAUGAUUAAAGUGGGAGAUAAUCAUUGGUAUGGCAAAACUGUUCCUCAAAAUAUCACAUUUGCUGCUGAAAUGUAUGCAGAAGCGGCGUCGAAAAACGAUCUGCCACAGGCGGUUUACAACUUAGCUUAUAUGGUUGAAUAUAACUACUCUUUGAAUGGAAUCCACUGGAAUAGUGUCAAUGAAGAGGAUAUCCUACAGGGAAACCUUACCUUUGCUGCGUCACUUUACGAAAAAUGCCGAGAUGCUCCAGAAAACAAUAAUGAAUCUUUCUUACCGUGUGCAUUUGGGAUUGUGAGAAUCCAACUAAAGAUGUUUUGGAAAAAUCACACAGUAAUAGCUCAGGUGACUGCCGUAACUGUUACGUUUCUUGUUGGAGUGUGUACUGUUUGGAGUUUUUUCUCCGAAGGAAACGGACUCUGAUUAAACGACGAAUAUAAAACAAAAUUAUUUAUAUUAUAGUUUAAAAUGUUGGAAAUUCAUAUUUCCACCUCUGUUUUCAUUUGAUUGUACCCUUUUGGCUACGUUUUUUAGAGAAUAAAUCUAAGAUGUAUUCUAUGUCGUUCAAGUAUUA